CCCGUCACAAUCAUGGCGGCCGCGGCGGGGCGGGGUCUGGGAGGGCGAAACGGGCCGGCGGGCCUAGCGCUAGCGGUCAUGUGACCGCGAAGAUGGCCGCCUUCCCCUGGCAUUCCAGGAAUAGGAACUACAAGGCUGAGUUUGCAUCAUGCCGGUUGGAGGCUGUGCCGCUGGAGCUUGGGGACUAUCACCCACUGAAGCCCAUAACUGUUACAGAGUCAAAGACAAAGAAAGUGAGCCGGAAAGGCAGCACUUCUUCCACGUCCUCUUCAUCCUCCAGCUCCGUGGUGGACCCGCUGAGCAGCGUCCUGGAUGGGACGGACCCCCUCUCCAUGUUCGCGGCCUCUGCUGACCCUGCAGCCAUGGCGGCUGCCACGGACAGCGCCAGAAAGAAACGUGACAGAGAUGAUAAUUCCAUUGUAGGAUCAGAUUUUGAGCCUUGGGCCAGCAAGCGAGGAGAAAUCCUUGCCCGGUACACCACCACAGAAAAGCUAUCUAUUAAUCUGUUUAUGGGAUCUGAAAAAGGCAAGGCGGGGACCGCCACAUCUGCCAUGUCGGAGAAGGUUCGCACCAGGCUGGAGGAGCUGGAUGACUUUGAAGAGGGAUCCCAAAAGGAACUGUUGAAUUUGACUCAGCAGGAUUAUGUGAACCGCAUAGAGGAGCUCAACCAGUCACUGAAGGACGCUUGGGCCUCAGACCAGAAAGUGAAGGCUCUAAAAAUAGUCAUCCAGUGUUCAAAGCUUCUUUCGGACACAAGCGUUAUUCAGUUCUACCCAAGCAAAUUUGUCCUCAUCACCGACAUACUUGACACAUUUGGAAAGCUGGUGUACGAGCGCAUCUUUUCCAUGUGUGUGGAUAACCGCAGCAUCUUACCAGAUCACUUCUCUCCAGAGAAUGUAAAUGACACAGCCAAAGAAACAUGCUUAAAUUGGUUUUUCAAGAUUGCUUCCAUCAGGGAACUCAUUCCGAGAUUUUACGUGGAAGCCUCCAUCCUGAAGUGUAACAAGUUCCUCUCCAAAAUGGGGAUUUCAGAGUGUCUGCCCCGGCUCACGUGCAUGGUUCGGGGCAUCGGGGACCCGCUGGUGUCGGUGUACGCCAGGGCCUACCUGUGCCGGGUGGGCAUGGAAGUGGCCCCACAUCUCAAAGAAAGCCUAAAUAAGAACUUUUUUGACUUCCUCCUUACAUUCAAACAGAUUCAUGGGGAUACGGUUCAGAACCAGCUGGUGGUCCAGGGAGUGGAACUUCCAUCCUACCUCCCCUUGUACUCGCCUGCCAUGGACUGGAUCUUCCAGUGCAUUUCCUACCACGCCCCCGAGGCUCUGCUAACCGAGAUGAUGGAGAGAUGUAAGAAACUAGGAAACAAUGCCUUGCUGCUGAAUUCCGUGAUGUCAGCUUUCCGGGCCGAGUUCAUCGCCACAAGGUCCAUGGAUUUCAUUGGCAUGAUUAAAGAGUGCGAUGAGUCCGGUUUCCCCAAGCAUCUCCUUUUCCAUUCGCUGGGGUUAAACUUGGCCUUGGCUGAUCCUCCUGAGGGUGAUCGACUUCAGAUUCUCAACGAAGCUUGGAAAGUUAUCACUAAGUUGAAGAAUCCACAGGACUACAUUAAUUGUGCCGAAGUGUGGGUGGAGUAUACCUGCAAGCAUUUCACGAAGCGAGAGGUGAAUACCGUUUUAGCUGAUGUCAUCAAGCACAUGACUCCAGAUCGGGCAUUUGAAGACUCCUACCCUCAGCUUCAGUCAAUAAUUAAGAAAGUGAUUGCACACUUCCAUGAUUUCUCAGUUCUCUUCUCAGUGGAAAAAUUUCUGCCAUUUCUGGACAUGUUCCAAAAAGAGAGUGUGCGGGUGGAGGUUUGCAAAUGCAUCAUGGAAGUUUUUAUCAAGCAUCAGCAGGAGCCCACCAAGGACCCUGUCAUUCUGAACGCCCUUCUGCACGUUUGUAAAACCAUGCAUGACUCUGUGAAGUUAUUACAAGAUAUUGAAUAUAGUUCCCUGUGCGGGACAGUAGGACCUUGUUGUUACACAGAGGAAUUUUUGUUGGGAGGAAAAUGCUGGUUUCAUCCAAGUGAACUCAAACUCCGUGACUCCUGGAGAUUUCUGAGAGCAGCAGAUACAAUAAUAAUGAGUUCACUCAUCCAUGCACUCACUCUUGAGGAUGAGAAAAGAAUGCUGGCAUAUUUGAUUAAUGGAUUUAUAAAAAUGGUGUCCUUUGGCCGUGAUUUUGAACAACAGCUGAGUUUUUAUGUUGAGGCCAGGUCGAUGUUCUGCAAUCUGGAACCUGUUCUUGUGCAACUGAUUCACAGUGUGAACCGGCUGGCAAUGGAAACAAGAAAAGUAAUGAAGGGAAAUCAUUCCAGAAAGACGGCUGCAUUUGUCCGGGCCUGUGUUGCCUACUGCUUCAUUACCAUUCCCUCCCUGGUGGGGAUCUUCACCCGCCUCAAUCUCUACCUGCAUUCUGGUCAGGUGGCCUUGGCCAACCAGUGCCUCUCCCAAGCUGAUGCCUUUUUCAAAGCCGCCAUAAGCCUUGUUCCAGAAGUUCCAAAGAUGAUUAACAUUGAUGGGAAGAUGCGGCCCUCAGAAUCAUUCCUUCUGGAAUUCCUCUGCAAUUUCUUUUCUACUUUAUUAAUAGUUCCGGAUCAUCCUGAACACGGGGUCCUGUUUCUUGUUCGAGAGCUGCUCAACGUGAUCCAGGACUACACCUGGGAUGACAGUAGUGAUGAUAAAAUCCGCAUCUACACCUGCGUCCUGCACCUGCUUUCCGCCAUGAGCCAGGAGACCUACCUCUACCACAUAGACAAAGUCGACUCCAACGACAGCCUCUAUGGGGGAGACUCCAAGUUUCUGGCUGAAAACAACAAGCUGUGUGAGACGGUGAUGGCUCAGAUCCUGGAGCAUCUGAAGACCCUGGCCAAGGACGAGGCCCUGAAGCGCCAGAGCGCCUUGGGCCUCUCCUUCUUCAACAGCAUCUUGGCCCACGGGGACCUGCGCAACAACAGGCUCAACCAGCUCUCCGUCAACCUGUGGCACCUGGCCCAGAGGCACGGCUGUGCAGACACCAGGACCAUGGUGAAGACCCUGGAAUACAUCAAGAAGCGAAGCAAACAGCCAGACAUGGGGCAUCUGACCGAGCUGGCCCUCAGGCUUCCUCUGCAAACACGGACCUGACCCCAGGAGCCCUGGUGCCAAGUCCAGAAAGACCUGUUUUGCUUUUCUUUUCUUUCUUUUUUUUUUUUUUUUUAUACACAUGCAGACUGGUUUAAGCUCUGGCCUCUACCCAGAUGAUUCUGACAGUGAAGUGGGAACUGUCAGAGCAUGCAAAGCCAAUCCUGUUCACCCAGCACAGCGCCUGUUUCUUUGCGCAAGUGGCCUUCAGACUGGCCUUAAGGGAGAAACAGAAGAAUGCAAGUAACAUCUUUCUCUUCUGGAAGGUGUUUUUUAAUUGGGAAAAGAACUCUGAAAAGCAAUCCACUCUGAAAGAGCCACUGUGCCCACUCCCUCAUUUGCUUUCUAUCAAAAGCAGCUCUUGACUGGGUUCAGAAUAUGUUAGUGGAUUAAAGGAAAAAGCAAGGUUAAAUAUGAGACUCCCCGUGACUGGAAAAUACACUGUAACUGAAUAAACCUCCUGAAGCAGUUA